UUUCAAAACACGUUUCAUAAUGCUUUUAUAACAUGCAGCUUUAAAUAAGGAGACUGCACAUCACACUAUCACACUACAGAACGGCUUUCUCCUCCAAAAUGAAUUGCUUAGUAGUCGCAGUUGUGUUGCUGUUCUCAUUUACAGCAGACGCCAGAGUUGGCAACUCCAGCGAGCCCACAUCCUACUGCACAGAGACCAAGGAGUGUCUGCUGUUUGAUCUGAUCUGUAAGGGAGAUGAAUAUGAGGUGCGUCAUUAUGAUGCUACGAAAUGGGUGACCACAGAAGCAGAGUCAAUGUUUAAGGACGUGGCCAAAAUGAUAGCUUUCAGAAAACUUUACAAAUACAUCACGGGUGAAAAUGAAGCAGGUGCUAAGAUUGACAUGACUGCCCCGGUCAUCACUAAAGUCGAAGAGGAAACACCUUUGUUGGAAAAAUCCAUCUACAUCCUCAGCUUCCUCUUGCCUUCGGCCUACCAGAAACAGCCUCCCAAGCCUAAUGACGGCACUGUGUACUUCACGGACAUGCCGGAUAUGAAGGUGUACGUUAAGAGCUUCGGAGGCUGGAUGGUAUCAGCGGUAGCGACAAUGUAUUCUAACCAGCUGAAAGAAGCACUCGAUGAAGCUCAAGCCACUUAUAACACAGACUACCACUACGACGUUGGCUAUAACAGUCCAAUGAAACUGAUGAACAGACAUAAUGAGGUGUGGUAUGAGGUCAAGGGAUCACCUGUGUGUCCAUCUGUGGAGUAACAGAGCUUGUCUCCUUCAUUUACAGCAUGUCUGAGGAAACAGACUGACUUGGUUUCAUGACGGAUCUGAAAAGCAUAACUGCCUUCUGUAACCCUUGAGUCAUUGUUAUUCCAAUCUAACAGUUUUUUUCUUCUUCCUGGCUUUUUAUUCAUUUUAAAACUAUUCAGCAGAUCAUUUUGUAAUACCUUGUGAGUGUAUGAAAGCAAGAACUCAACAUCAGCCCCAUUUCCUUUGUCUGUAUCUCAGCAGCAGAGGUCGCUACUACCAAACAUAUUACAUAACCCAAUUACUAGAAGAUAUUUUUGGCAAUUUAUUCUGAAACAGAGUUUUUAUUGCCCAAAUAUAUUGAGAUUGUCCCCAUUUUUAAAGCAGCAUGUAGAUCUCAAUGGACAGGCAUGUGAAGGAAAUAUUUGCUUUUAAAUACUUUUCACUGAGUCUUACAUUACCAGUCUUAAGUUUUUUUGUUUGUUCAUGUAUCCUAUUUCAGAUUUUAAGCCAUAUAGUAGGACUGAA